AUAGUUUCAACAUCUAUGGCAGAAGCAAAACUAAGGAAUGCUGUUGUUACUGGCUCAAAUAAAGGGAUAGGAUUUGAGACUGUUAAAAUGUUGGCCUCAAAUGGUGUCAAGGUGAUGCUCACAGCUAGAGAUGAGAAAAAGGGGAAUGAAGCCAUUCAGAAAUUGAAACAGUUUGGUCUCUCUGACCAAGUUAUGUUUCACCAACUUGAUGUCACUGACCCUGCUAGUAUUACUUCACUGGUAGAAUUUGUUAAGACACAGUUUGGGAGACUUGAUAUCUUGGUGAACAAUGCAGGAGUUAGUGGUGUCAAUCCAUAUGAAACGGUGGGAUCAACAGUUGAUUGGGAGAAACUGACACAAACUAGUGACAUGGCUGAAAAUUGCCUCAGAACAAACUACUAUGGUGUUAAGGAAACAACUGAGGCCUUUCUUUCCCUUCUCAAGUUAUCCAAUUCUCCCAAGAUUAUUAAUGUUUCCUCCCAAGCAGCAUUAUUGCAGAAUAUACCAAAUCAAUGGGCUAAAAGGGUGUUUGAUGAUAUUGAAAAUCUUACAGAAGAGAGAAUAGAUAAAGUACUAAUAGAGUUUAUCAAAGAUUUCAAAGAAGGUUCACUAGAAAACAAAGGGUGGCCAACCUUCUUGUCAACCUAUAUUGUCUCAAAAGCAGCAACAAAUUCUUACACAAGGAUUCUAGCCAAGAAGUAUCCAAACAUGUGCAUCAAUUGUGUGUGUCCUGGUUAUGUGAAAACAGACCUCACCAAAAACAUUGGCAUGUUAUCUGUUGACCAAGGUGCUGCUAGUGUUGUGAGAUUAGCACUGCUUCCUGAUGGUUCCCCUUCUGGCCUCUUCUUUAUUAGGGAAGAAAUGUCAAACUUUUGGUAUGCAGUUGUUACUGGGUCAAACAAAGGGAUAGGAUUUGAGACUGUUAAAAUGUUGGCCUCAAAUGGUGUCAAGGUGGUGCUUACAGCUAGAGAUGAGAAAAAAGGGAAUGAAGCCAUUCAGAAAUUGAAACAGUUUGGUCUCUCUGACCAAGUUAUGUUUCACCAACUUGAUGUCACUGACUCUGCUAGUAUUACUUCACUUGUGAACAAUGCAGGAGUUAGUGGUGUCAAUCCAUAUGAAACGGUGGGAUCAACAGUUGAUUGGGAGAAACUGACACAAACUAGUGACAUGGCUGAAAAUUGCCUCAGAACAAACUACUAUGGUGUUAAGGAAACAACUGAUGCCUUUCUUCCCCUUCUCAAGUUAUCCAAUUCUUCCAAGAUUGUUAAUGUUUCCUCCCAAGCAGCAUUAUUGAAGAAUAUACCAAAUCAAUGGGCUAAAAGGGUGUUUGAUGAUAUUGAAAAUCUUACAGAAGAGAAAAUAGAUGAGGUACUAAAAGAGUUUAUCAAAGACUUCAAAGAAGGUUCACUAGAAAACAAAGGGUGGCCAACAAUCAUGUCUGCCUAUAUUAUCUCAAAAGCAGCCAUGAAUUCUUACACAAGAAUUCUAGCCAAGAAGUAUCCAAACAUGUGCAUCAAUUGUGUGUGUCCUGGUUUUGUUAAAACAGACAUCAACAAAAACACUGGCAUGUUACCUGUUGACCAAGGUGCUGCUAGUGUUGUGAGAUUAGCUCUGCUUCCUGAUGAUUCCCCUUCUGGCCUCUUCUUUAUUAGGGAAGAAAUAUCAAACUUUUGAAUGGUUUUAUGAAGUGUAUUACAAUUAUAGAAUGUGUCUCUUGCUGAUAUUUUGUACCCUUGUUAAAUUGUUCACUUUUUGCAUGAUCAUAGUUGCUAUUUGCCAUGUUUUUAUGGACUUGCAAUGUUUAGAACAUUAGAUGAACCCAUCCUCAGUUAUGAAAUUUUAUAAACCAAUCCUAAUUAAUUUUAAAGCUAUGAAACCUUGAUACAGGUGUGAUACGAUAGUUACGCCUCUAUUACUAGGCGAUAUAAAAAGAUCAUAUUUCUCUUA